AAGUAAAAGUUGUCCUUUAUCCCAUUGUUAAAUUAAAAAAACUCUCUCUCUCUCAUCUUUCUUCUGUGCAUAUAAGGAGGAUGCUUAUUUAAUCCAAACUUUAAUUAUAGAUAUUUCCUUUUUUGAGUAAACCAAGCUGCCUCUAAAAGGUUGCCUGUUUUUUUAUCGAGGUGGAGAUGGUCAGCCAGCUUGGAAUAGAUUCUUUUUGUUUUGGAGGGAAGUCAUACCAAUGGCCCCCAUAGAUAGGUGUAUGUAAAACACGGCAACAAAUAUUGCUCUGGAAGAAGGCUUCACAGGACUUUCUUGGUGUCUCCUGCAGGCUGCCCUCUCAAUACCUUUUGGUAUGCAGAGAUCCUAGGUUACUGGGGUAGGCAAGUUGGAAUAGGGACCAUGGAGAUUACACUUGAGACUCUGGCCGUUUCUCUUUUGAACUCAUCUCUAAUAUGACCUCUUUGAAGAACUGAUAUAACUCCAACAGAGGUCCACUGGCAGAAAAGGCUCCAAGGACCUCCAAAGGGUGAACUUACCCCAGCAGAUGGAGACACUGGAAAGUGAUAGAUUCCCUGUGGCUCCUCUUUUCCCAUCCUCCAAUCAGAAAGCUGGGGUUUAUUUGCCCCAUUGUGUCGCACACUUCUGCAACUGCAUCCACCGCAUCCCUGGACCAGUGGCAGGAAGUAAAGAAUAAAGCAGUGGGAGAACAAGGUCUUCAAAUUGUUGUUCUGUGCAGACGGAUCCAGAAGACAUGGCUACUGCAAUUAGGGAGGUGGGAGUUUGGAGACAGACCAGAACACUUCUGCUGAAGAAUUACCUAAUUAAAUGCAGGACUAAAAAAAGUAGCGUUCAGGAAAUUCUUUUUCCAUUAUUUUUUUUGUUUUGGUUAAUAUUAAUUAGCAUGAUGCAUCCCAAUAAGAAAUAUGAAGAAGUGCCUGAUAUAGAACUUAACCCUCUGGACAAAUCUAUCCUCUCUAACCUAAUUCUUGGAUAUACUCCAGUGACUAAUAUUACAAGAAACAUCAUGCAAACAGUUUCUACUGAUCACCUUCCUGAUGUCAUAAUUACCGAAGAAUAUACAAAUGAAAAAGAAUUGGUAGCAUCCAGUCUUUCUAAGUCCAGCAACUUUGUAGGUGUGGUUUUCAAAGACUUCAUGUCCUAUGAACUCCGUUUUUUUCCUGAUACAAUUCCAGUAUCUUCUAUUUAUAUGGAUUCAAGAGCUGGCUGUUCAAAAUCGUGUGAGGCUGCUCAGUACUGGUCCUCAGGGUUUACAGUUUUACAAGCAUCCAUAGAUGCUGCCAUUAUACAGUUGAAGACCAAUGUUUCCCUUUGGAAGGAGCUGGAGUCAACUAAAGCUGUUAUUAUGGGAGAAACUGCUGUUGUAGAAAUAGAUACCUUUCCCCGAGGAGUAAUUUUAAUAUACUUAGUUAUAGCAUUUUCACCUUUUGGAUACUUUUUGGCGAUUCAUAUUGUAGCAGAAAAAGAGAAAAAGUUAAAAGAGUUUUUAAAGAUCAUGGGACUUCAUGACACUGCCUUUUGGCUUUCUUGGGUUCUUCUGUAUACAAGUUUGAUUUUUCUUAUGUCCCUUCUUAUGUCAGUCAUUGCAACAGCUUCUUCAUUGUUCCCUCAAAGUAGCUGCAUUGUGAUAUUUCUACUUUUUUUCCUGUAUGGGUUAUCAUCUGUAUUUUUUGCUUUAAUGCUGACACCUCUUUUUAAAAAAUCAAAGCAUGUGGGAAUAGUUGAAUUUUUAGUCACUGUGGCUUUUGGAUUUCUUGGCCUUUUGAUAGUCCUCCUGGAAAGUUUUCCCAAAUCAUUAGUGUGGCUUUUAAGUCCCUUUUGUCAGUGUACUUUUUUGAUUGGUAUUGCACAGGUCAUGCAUUUAGAAGAUUUUAAUGAAGGUGCUUUAUUUUCUAAUUUGACUGAAGGCCCAUACCCUCUAAUUAUUGCUCUUACCAUGCUAGCACUUAAUAGUAUAUUCUAUGUCCUUUUGGCCGUCUAUCUUGAUCAAGUCAUUCCAGGGGAAUUUGGCUUACGGAGAUCAUCUUUGUAUUUUCUGAAGCCAUCAUACUGGUCAAAGAACAAAAGAAAUUAUAAGGAGUUAUCAGAGGGCAAUGUUAAUGGGAAUAUUAGUUUUAGUGAAAUUGUUGAGCCUGUUUCUUCAGAAUUUAUAGGAAAAGAAGCCAUAAGAAUCAGUGGUAUUCAGAAGACAUACAGAAAGAAAGGUGAAAAUGUGGAGGCUUUGAGAAAUUUGUCAUUUGACAUAUAUGAGGGUCAGAUUACUGCAUUACUUGGCCACAGUGGAACAGGAAAGAGUACAUUGAUGAAUAUUCUUUGUGGAUUAUGCCCGCCUUCUGAUGGGUUUGCAUCCAUAUAUGGGCACAGAGUCUCAGAAAUAGAUGAAAUGUUUGAAGCGAGAAAAAUGAUUGGCAUUUGUCCACAGUUAGAUAUACACUUUGAUGUUUUGACAGUAGAAGAAAAUUUGUCCAUUUUGGCUUCAAUCAAAGGAAUACCAGCCAAUAAUGUAAUACAAGAAGUGCAGAAGGUUUUACUGGAUUUAGACAUGCAGGCUAUCAAAGAUAAUCAAGCUAAAAAGUUAAGUGGUGGUCAAAAAAGGAAACUGUCUUUAGGAAUUGCUGUUCUUGGGAAUCCAAAGAUACUAUUGCUAGAUGAACCAACAGCUGGAAUGGACCCCUGUUCUCGUCAUAUUGUUUGGAAUCUUCUAAAAUACAGAAAAUCUAAUCGUGUGACAGUGUUUAGUACUCAUUUCAUGGAUGAAGCUGACAUUCUUGCUGAUAGGAAAGCUGUCAUAUCACAAGGAAUGUUGAAAUGUGUUGGUUCUUCAAUUUUUCUCAAAAGUAAAUGGGGGAUUGGCUACCGCCUGAGCAUGUACAUAGACAGAUACUGUGCCACGGAAUCUCUUUCUUCUCUGGUUAAACAACAUAUACCUGGAGCUACUUUAUUACAACAGAAUGACCAACAGCUUGUGUACAGUCUGCCUUUUAAGGACAUGGACAAAUUUUCAGGUUUAUUUUCUGAUCUAGAUAUUCAUUCAAAUUUGGGUGUUAUUUCUUACGGUGUUUCCAUGACGACUUUGGAAGAUGUAUUCUUAAAGUUAGAAGUUGAAGCAGAAAUUGACCAAGCAGAUUAUAGUGUAUUUACUCAGCAGCCACCAGAAGAAGAAAUGGAUUCAAAAUCUUUUGAUGAAAUGGAGCAGAGCUUACUUAUUCUUUCUGAAACCAAGGCUUCUCGAGUGAGCACCAUGAGCCUUUGGAAACAGCAGGUGUACACAAUAGCCAAGUUUCAUUUCCUUACCUUGAAACGUGAAAGUAAAUCAGUGAGAUCAGUGUUGCUUCUGCUUUUAAUUUUUUUCGCAGUUCAGAUUUUUAUGUUUUUGGUGCAUCGCUCCUUUAAAAAUGCUGUGGUUCCCAUCAAACUUGCUCCAGACUUAUAUUUUCUAAAACCUGGAGAUAAACCUCAUAAAUAUAAAACAACUCUGCUUCUUCAAAAUUCUACUGACUCUGAUAUCAGUGAUCUUAUUAGCUUUUUCACAAACCAGGACAUAAUGAUAACGAUGUUUAAUGACAGUGACUAUGUAUCUGCUGCUCCCCAUAGUGCAGCUUUAAAUGUGAUGUAUUCAGAAAAGGACUAUGUUUUUACUGCUGUUUUCAACAGUACUAUGGUUUAUUCUUUACCCGUAUUGAUGAAUAUCAUUAGUAACUACUAUCUUUAUCAUUCAAAUGUGACUGAAAGCAUCCAGGUCUGGAAUACCCCGUUCUUUCAAGAAAUUACAGACAUAGUUUUUAAAAUUGAGCUGUAUUUUCAAGCAGCUUUACUUGGAAUCAUUGUUACUGCAAUGCCACCUUACUUUGCCAUGGAAAAUGCAGAGAAUCAUAAGAUCAAAGCUUAUACUCAGCUUAAACUUUCAGGUCUUUUGCCAUCUGCAUAUUGGAUUGGACAAGCUACUGUUGAUAUCCCCUUAUUUUUUCUUGUUCUUAUUUUGAUGCUAGGAAGUUUAUUUGCAUUUCAUUAUGGAUUAUAUUUUUAUCCUGUAAAGUUCCUUUCUGUGGUUUUUUGCCUUAUUGGUUAUGUUCCAUCAGUUAUUCUGUUUACCUAUAUUACUUCUUUCACUUUUAAAAAAAUUUUAAAUACCAAAGAAUUUUGGUCAUUUAUCUAUUCCGUGACAGCGUUGGCUUGUGUUGCAAUCACCGAAAUUACUUUCUUUAUGGGAUACACAGUUACAGCUGUUCUUCAUUAUACCUUUUGCAUAGUCAUUCCAAUCUAUCCACUUCUAGGUUGUCUGAUUUGUUUCAUAAAGAUUUCUUGGAAGAAUACUAGAAAAAAUGAGGACACCUAUAAUCCAUGGGAUAGGCUUUUGGUGGCUGUUAUAUCGCCUUACCUGCAGUGUGUACUGUGGAUUUUCCUCUUACAGUACUAUGAGAAAAAAUAUGGAGGCAGAUCCAUAAGAAAGGAUCCCUUUUUCAGGACCCUUUCAACAAAGUCCAAAAGUAGGAAGUUUCCAGAACCACCAAACAAUGAGGAUGAAGAUGAAGAUGUCAAAGCUGAAAGACUAAAGGUCAAAGAGCUGAUGAGUUGCCAGUGUUGUGAGGAGAAACCAGCCAUUAUGGUCAACAACUUGCAUAAAGAAUACGAUGACAGGAAAGAUUUUCUUCUUACAAGAAAAGUAAAGAAAGUGGCAACUAAAUAUGUCUCUUUCUGUGUGAAAAAAGGAGAGAUCUUGGGACUAUUGGGUCCAAAUGGUGCAGGAAAAAGCACAAUUAUUAAUAUUCUGGUUGGUGAUAUUGAACCAACUUCAGGCCAGGUAUUUCUAAGAGAUUAUUCUUCAGACCCAGCUGAAGAUGAUGAUUCCAUUAAGUAUAUGGGAUACUGUCCUCAAAUAAACCCGCUGUGGCCAGAUAUUACAUUGCAGGAACAUUUUGAAAUUUAUGGAGCUGUGAAAGGAAUGAGUGCAGAUGACAUGAAAGAAGUCAUAUAUCGAAUAACAAAUGCACUUGAUUUAAAGGAACAUCUUCAGAAAACUAUAAAGAAACUACCUGCAGGAAUUAAGCGAAAGUUGUGUUUUGCUCUAAGUAUGCUGGGGAAUCCUCAGAUUACUUUGUUAGAUGAACCAUCUACAGGUAUGGAUCCUAAAGCCAAACAGCACAUGUGGCGAGCAAUUCGAACUGCAUUUAAAAACAAAAAACGGUCUGCUAUUCUGACCACUCAUUAUAUGGAGGAGGCGGAGGCUGUCUGUGACCGAGUGGCUAUCAUGGUAUCUGGGCAGUUAAGAUGUAUUGGGACAGUCCAACACCUGAAGAGCAAAUUUGGAAAAGGCUACUUUUUGGAAAUUAAAUUAAAGGACUGGAUAGAAAAUCUAGAAGUAGACCGACUCCAAAGAGAAAUUCAGUAUAUUUUCCCAAAUGCGAGCCGUCAGGAAAGUUUUUCUUCUAUUUUGGCUUAUAAAAUUCCUAAGGAAGAUGUUCAGUCCCUUUCACAGUCGUUUUCUAAGCUAGAAGAAGCUAAACAUACUUUUGCCAUUGAAGAAUAUAGCUUUUCUCAAGCAACAUUGGAACAGGUUUUUGUAGAACUCACCAAAGAACAAGAGGAAGAAGAUAAUAGUUGUGGAACUUUGAACAGCACACUUUGGUGGGAAAGAACACAGGAAGACAGAGUAGUAUUUUGAAUUUGUAUUGCUUAGUCUGCUUACUGAAUUUUUUUUUCCACUUUAACUUUGGUUUAAAAAGUGUAUUAUUUGAUUGGUAACUGAAGAACCACGAAAGCACUUGAGAUUUUCCUAAGUUCCUUAAUUGAAUGCUGUGGCUGUGUGUUUUGCUUUUCUUCAAAUAAACCUUAUGUAUAAUUAAUUGAAACUGCAUGUUUAUAUUUGAAGUAUGUUGAAUUGUAGUCUCUGGGUGAAGUUCAAUAUUUGCUUUUUCACCUUUCAAAAAUAGUGCUUCAAUUAUGAUUUAAAAAAAUGAUAGAAUAAUUUUAUUUUGAACAGUUAUCUGUAUUGUUUAUACCAUUUUGUUAUGUAAGUAUAUAAUGUCCCAAUCUAAAUAACUAAUAUAUAAAUGGUAUGUAGAAGAGAGACAUAAAUAAAAAGUUUCUUGCUUCUCCUUUUUAA